AUGGCGUCUCUUGAUUCUGUACAGCCUCUGGUCGAGGCUCGGCAUAGUAAUUGGGUGGUGCAGAAGUUCGGCGGCACCAGCGUUGGCAAGUUUGCGUUGAACAUUAUCGAGCAAGUCGUACAACCUAGUCUCGCUGAAAACCGAGUUGCUGUUGUAUGUUCAGCCAGAAGUAGCUCGACAAAGGCCGAGGGCACCACUAACCGAUUACUACGGGCUGCCCGAGAUGCCGAAAACUCACAGUCCCGGCAAUAUGAGUCGUUCGUCGAGGCCGUCCGUCUGGAACAUAUCCAAGUCGCUCAGGAGCAGUUGAAAUCAGUCGAUCUGAAGGACCAAAUUGUUGCAGACAUCAACGGAGAAUGCGAGCGAGUCCUGAAGGUCCUUGAGGCAGCUCAGACUCUAGGUGAGAUCAGUGCUCGCUGUGUCGACAAGGUGAUCAGCACUGGCGAGAAACUCAGCUGUCGACUCAUGGCCGCGUUCCUACAGGAUCGUGGAGUGGACUCGCAGUAUAUCGAUCUCUCCGAGGUGAUUGAUUUCCCCAUUGGCAACCAGGGCCUGGACCAGGACUUCUAUAACAACCUGGCGGCGGCCCUGGGCAAGCGGGUCGCGGAGUGCGGUCACCGCGUCCCCGUUAUCACCGGCUACUUCGGAACCAUCCCCGGUGGUCUGCUGGACCAGGUUGGCCGUGGAUAUACCGAUCUUUGCGCAGCCCUCGUCGCUGUUGGAACCCAUGCAAAGGAGCUGCAGGUUUGGAAGGAAGUGGAUGGUAUCUUUACUGCGGACCCUCGCAAGGUCCCGACUGCACGACUCCUGCCAGCCAUUACCCCGGCCGAAGCUGCGGAGUUGACCUUUUAUGGCUCCGAAGUGAUUCAUCCUUUCACUAUGGAACAGGUCAUCCGUGCCAAGAUCCCCAUCCGCAUCAAGAACGUGAUGAACCCGAAGAACCGCGGCACCGUCAUUUUCCCCGAUUCCGCCGCCGAGCUGGAGCGGACCACUCCAGGCCAUGACCCGCGCCUGUUCCGAACUCGCAGCCCGAGUUUCAUGCAGAAGCCCAAGCGACCUACAGCUGUGACUAUCAAGCACAAGAUCCUCGUCAUUAAUGUUCACUCCAAUAAGCGGUCAUUGUCACACGGCUUUUUUGCGGGCAUUUUUUCUGUGUUGGACAAGUGGCGCCUGUCCAUUGACCUGAUUUCGACGAGCGAGGUCCACGUCUCGAUGGCCCUUCACUCUGAAAUGCCUCUGCUGAACGGCAAUGGACGGGACGAUUACCAGGUCAUUGAUGACGAUCUGAAGGGGGCCUUGACGGAUCUGGGCAAAUACGGCACCGUGGACAUCAUUCCUGAAAUGGCAAUUCUCAGCUUGGUCGGCAAGCAGAUGAAGAAUAUGAUCGGAGUGGCGGGGCGGAUGUUCACCACUCUGGGGGAGAACAAUGUGAAUAUCGAGAUGAUCUCACAAGCGUUUUCGCCUCCCCCUACAGGUGCGAGUGAAAUCAACAUCUCCUGCGUUAUCGAAGAGCGCGAUGCCGACCGUGCUCUUAACAUCAUCCAUACUAGCAUGUUCACUUUCCUGGACUAG